AUGAAUAGAGAAGACCUCUAUGCCCUUAGAAUCUGCCUUUUCUGGUCCAUUGCGAAUAUAAGCUGUUCGCCUCAUUCAAAAUCAUGUGAGAAACCCAGCUUUGAAAUCACUCACGAGAUCAUUGAGGAAGGUCUCGCUCUUCUUGACCCCGAAGAUUUCUUAUGCCAGGCCCUCCGAUAUUACCACAAUUACCUUGAGCAUAAGGAACUGCGUAAGCACGAUACGGGACUUCACCAUGAGAUACUUCAUCGGCUCCAUGACCCGACGAAUUGGAUUCUGACCGAGAAUAACCUACUUAGGUAUACGGCGGGGAACUGGCUGGAAGAGUUGUUAGAAACCGGUGGCGAGCAAGCGAUAGACGCUGAGUCUAUGAACUACCAUGGAUCUGAAAACAGAUUGACAACUGAGACCGAAAUGGCGACUGACAUGGAUGUAGAUUUACCGGAGUCCGCAACCUGUCAGACUUCACUCGUUGAGCUGCCGAACGAAGGAAGAAGUGAACCUCAGGAUCCGACGCAGACAGCUCGGAAACGUCGUCUGGACCAUGACCAUGAUGCUGAUGAAAGUUCUAGACUAGAGAAGAAGCGGGCGAGAUUUUCAGAGUAG